CCAUAGCAACAUCAAUCCGCUUGAGCGCUUAGGUAUUUUUGUUAUUCUUACAUUUAUUAUACAUUUACAUAAUAUUAUAUUACUUUGAACAACAACAAAAAUCUGAAUGUUAUUUGAUUUUAUAUUGAUCAUUCAUCAAACCGUUUUUAAUUUUCUAGCGAUGAGUACAGAAAUGGACGAGCAGGAUAAUGUUUUUAAAAAGCAAGAGGUCAUCGAGAGCCCACCUUCCACCUUCAACUCCAAAAUGUUAGUGAAUUUAGAGAAAAGAGAUCUCGCCCCUCCAAUUUCCAGUCCUCGACCAUUUUUUAGAUUACGCAUUAAUCUACCCGGAAGCUCUCAACAAGAUUUGAAACCGGACCGUUUUGCAAAUGACCACAGGGCUCUGGUGCAAACCUCUUCUGUCAUCCAUCCAUUUGCUGAAGAACAUCAUCAUCAUCAGGAAAGCUGUUGCACAGAUGCUCAAGAAAGCUCUCGACAAACUGAAAAUCGGAUGUUUGAAACCCCCAUACGGUCUAAAACCAAAUUCACAGAUAUAGAAAAUAAGGAACCUAAGAGUCCUCUCUUACAAUCAGAACAAAGCCAUUUCAGAAGAGCCAUCAGAUUUAUUAUCAUCCUGUUCAUUAUUUUUAGUAUAUUUUACAUCAUCCUGAUUGGCAGCCAGUACGUUUACUUGGAUCUGAAGGGCAUUGCAAGGUCAUUGGACCUAGGGAUCCCAAAACUGCGCUUUACCAGAAAGUGUAGUCCACCCAUAUGAACGGCUGUGGUUGUUGCACUCAAUAAAGCAUUUCAAAAUGUG